GGAGUGGGGGUGUGGGGGUUGGUUUGGUUUGGCGUUGCUUUGGGCUGAGUGGAUCUGCUGAGGAAUGGUGCUGUCCAUGGUCCUGGUGGCCUUGGCCGGACUGGCACUGGCCACCGAGCCCGUCCUGGCUCAGAACGACACGGAGCCCAUCGUUUUGGAAGGGAAGUGUUUGGUGGUCUGCGACUCCAACCCGACCACCGACUCCAAGGGCUCCUCGUCCUCUCCGCUGGGCAUCUCCGUGCGAGCCGCCAACUCCAAGGUGGCGUUCUCAGCCGUCAGGAGCACCAACCACGAACCCUCCGAGAUGAGCAACAAGACCAGGAUCAUCUACUUUGACCAGAUCUUGGUGAAUGUGGGGAAUUGUUUUACCCUGGAGUCAGUCUUUGUAGCCCCAAGGAAAGGCAUUUACAGUUUCAACUUUCAUGUUAUCAAAGUCUACCAGAGCCAGACUAUUCAGAUUAACCUUAUGCUUAAUGGUAAACCGGUGAUUUCUGCUUUUGCUGGGGACAAGGAUGUAACUCGUGAAGCUGCCACGAACGGAGUGCUCCUAUAUUUAGACAAAGAAGACAAAGCCUACCUGAAGUUGGAGAAAGGUAACCUGGUUGGAGGAUGGCAAUACUCAACGUUUUCUGGCUUCUUAGUUUUCCUCUGUAAAAGCCCAGCAAAGCAUCCUUGAAAUCCACACGUAAUCCACAAGUUUCUUGAUCUAAACCAGUUGUCCUACAUGUCGUUUCGAGGAUCAUUUAAAAAUCAUGGAUUGUUGUUGCAAGUAUUAAAGAAUUUAAUCUGAACUGUAUCUCGGUUGGAUGUGAACUGUCUGCUUUUUUCCCCCUGAACUAACUGCUAUAAAGACCUUUAUCUGUUCUGUGAAACGUGUGGCAGGACAUAAAGUGGACAAAAUAUAAACGCAAGAGAAAGAAAACGCGCUUACAGCCGUUGAAAUUGAGUUGGAAUGGUUUGCCUGCAACAUUUAGUGACCAGUUGUAUGGACUUUGUGCACAGAUAUAUAAUUAUAAAUCAGUUUUACCUUUUAACAGAGCUGUGAAUGAGGUUGUUAAAUGCAUUAAUAAUGGCUUUAAACUCAUUGUUCCCUUAUUUAAUAUGUCACAGCAAGAAAAGUAUACUACUUUACCACCAUAACUGUAUCAUAGCUCUGGGAUAAAAUCUCAUUAAUCUAAUUACCAUGCAACAUGUGCUUACAUUGCCUUAAACUAUAAAUCAAAAGUUGUACUAUUCUAAUCUAUCAUUGUGUAUCUUUAAUAUUGGAAACUUAGAUGUUCUGUUUUUCAAUGCACUUUUACAUCAAGAUCCCCUUCCUUUAAAACCUUUAUGGAAUAAUGUCAGACCUAAUGAGCAUAAUCCACUUUUAUCCUCAAGUUUGUGAGGGAAAUCUGGUGUCAAAACUGUUUGCUUGUGAUAAUGUUACAUUGUCUUCAGGAUGAUCUCGCUCCCAUAACUCAGUUGAUUAGGAGUGGUGUGGCUCACACAUGGCAUUUCAUUGUUCGAGAUUCCUGCAUGCAUUCCGUGGAAUAGAGCAAUCACCAAUUUAAUCGACAGGGGAGGUUGGAAGCUGUCCUGUGUUUGAAUCUAACCUCUCAAAAACGUAUUCAUCGAUGCAGCUCCUUUUCAGUUUCUAACCCAAUCUGGCUAUGCGAACUGAAACAUUUGUGGCCAAUCCAAUUUUUAAAGUUGAAAAUGUCUUGUGGUUGGAUUCUUUUAAUAUACUUCUUCCCUUCUCCUCUCCCCCUCUCCCCCCCAACCC